AUUGUCUCUGUCCAAACCCACUGUCCAUUCUACCUUUACUUUCUGUUCUCUAGAGGGAGUCUAGAUUGUAUUAUCUAGACUCAAAGCCCUCCUUCCACCCUUGAUCUUCAUCUCUUUAGCUGGUAUUCUUCUUUUGAGUAAGGAAAAAAUGUGCAUUCCAGAGAACAGUCCAGUUUCUGGUUUGGUUGAACCCACAGUCCUUCAAGAAAUGGGCAACAAAAAAGUUGUGCUUGAGACGAGACAGAAUCGAAGAGCUUUAAGCGUGAUUAGUGAGAAUGUUGUGAGAGGUGGUGUUAGCAAGAGAGGCUUGUUAGAAAAACAAGCGAUUUGUGAAAAGAGGAUACACGCUCCAGUGCAGCGUCGACCAGUUACAAGGAGGUUUGCUGCACAAUUGGCGAGCAGGCAGCACUCUAACAUUGUGGAACCUAAGAAACCCGAGUUAUUAUCCAUAUGGACUCCUGGUCAAUCAGAAGAUUGCGAAAUUGAAGAUAUGGAGGAGCACAAGGCAGCUCCAGAUCAUCCAGUACCCAUGUUGGUGGAACAAACAGAAACCAAGAUCGAUGAGAUGAAUCAAGUGGAGGAGGUGGAAAUGGAGGACAUAGAUGGGGAGCCUAUCAUGGAUAUUGAUGGCCCAGAUGCCAGGAAUCCACUUGCAGUUGCUGAGUAUGUUGAAGAGCUGUAUGCCUACUACAGAAGGAUGGAGAGCUCUAGCUGUGUCUCUCCGGACUAUAUGGCUCAACAAUUUGACAUUAACCAUAAGAUGAGGGCUAUACUGAUCGACUGGCUUAUCGAGGUGCAUGAUAAAUUUGAACUCAUGGAAGAGACAUUGUUUCUUACUGUCAAUCUCGUAGACAGAUUUCUAGCUCAGCAGACGGUGGCAAGAAAGAAGCUUCAAUUAGUUGGUCUGGUUGCUAUGCUCUUAGCGUGCAAAUAUGAGGAGGUUUCUGUUCCAGUUGUUGCUGAUUUAAUAAUUAUUUCAGACAAAGCUUACACAAGGAAGGAGUUUCUUGAAAUGGAGCGAUUGAUGCUCAACACAUUGCAAUUCAACAUGUCAGUCCCGACGCCGUACGUUUUCAUGAAGAGGUUCCUCAAGGCUGCUCAAUCAGACAAGAAGAUGGAGCUACUAUCAUUCUUCUUGAUGGAUGUUUGCCUGGUGGAGUAUGAGAUGCUGAAGUUCCCACCAUCUCUGUUAGCUGCUGCUUCCAUCUACACUGCUCAGUGUACUCUCUAUGGUUUUAAGCAAUGGGACAAGACUUGUGAGCACUACACCAGCUACACUGAAGAUCAGCUCCUGGAAUGCUCUAGACUGAUUGUUAAUUUGCACCAAAAUGUGGGAUCAGGGAAACUAACUGCAGCUCAGAGGAAGUACUGUACAUCAAAGUUGGGUUAUACAUCAAAAUGUGAACCGGCUCAUUUCCUACUGGGGACACAACAACAACAAUAGGGCUAUGUGUGUGUGUGUAUGUAUAGUUACUAAUUCUCAGUGACUUAUACAAUUGGGGUUCAAUGGUGGGGGGAAGGGUGGGUGGCUAACAAAUAACAACCCAACAACUUGGGUUGCCCUGGAAUGUUAUUUUUAUUUGUUUAUUUUAUUUAAAAUGUGGUGCAGCAGAUGUUGGACAAUAAUUCAAUGAAUAAAUACCAAUUUUCUGAAUAA